AUGUUCGCUUCAUCUGGAUUCGGUGCAUUACUUAAAGAAGGCUCUAAGCAUUUCUCAGGGCUUGAGGAGGCUAUCCUUAGAAACAUUGACGCUUGCAAGACUUUGUCAAAGAUGACUAGAUCAUCUCUCGGACCUCAUGGUAUGAACAAGAUGGUCAUCAACCACUUGGACAAACUGUUCGUUACCUCAGAUGCCGCUACCAUCAUCAGAGAGGUCGAGGUUAACCACCCAGCUGCCAGAAUGAUUGCUAUGGCAGCAAAGAUGCAAGAGAGCGAGGCUGGUGACGGUACUAACUUCGUUAUCUCUUUUGCCGGUGAACUCAUGCAACAAGCCGAAUAAUUGUUGAAGAUGGGUCUCCAUCCAUCAGAGAUUCUUAUUGGUUACGAAAAGGGUGCCAAGCAAGCUCUUGAGAUCGUAGAAGGCUUAUCAUGCUACUCCAUCGAUAGCGUCAAGAACAGAGAAGAUUUACAAAAAUGCAUCAGAGCUCCAAUCUCAAGCAAGUAGUUCGGUCUCGAAGAUUUCCUUUCAGGCCUUAUUGCUCAAGCUUCUCUAUACGCUAUGCCAGAAAACCCAACUAAAUUCAACGUUGAUCAAGUUAGAGUACAAAAAGUUCUCGGAGGUACCAUUAAUGACUCUCAAGUUAUCCAUGGUAUGGUCGUCACCAGAGGAUCAGAAACCUCAUUCCAUCACGUCGAAAAGGCUAAAAUCGCCAUCUUCAACACCUCAAUUGAAAUGCAACAAGGUGAGACUAAGGGAACUGUAUUAUUAAAGAAUGCUGACGAUCUUUUGAACUACACUAAGGGAGAAGAAGAUCAAUUCGAACACUUCAUUAAGGGACUAGCUGAAGCUGGAGUCACAGUUGUUAUUGGAUCUGGUUCAAUCAGUGAACUAGCUAUUCACUUCUUCGAGAAAUAUAAGAUCUUCGUCCUCAAGCUCAUGAGCAAGUGGGAGUUAAAGAGAAUCGCCAAGUCAGUAGGUGCAGUUGCUGUCGUCAAGCUAGGAACUCCAACCCCAGAGGAGCUAGGAUAUGCUGAUGAAGUUACCGUCAAGGAAAUUUCAAGCACCAAGGUCACCAUCUUCAGAAGAGAUGAGGAUGAGAAUAAACUUGCCACCAUCGUUCUUAGAGGUUCAACAAACUCACUCUUAGAUGAUGCUGAGAGAGCCAUUGAUGAUGGAGUCAAUACAGUUAAAUCACUAGUAAAGGAUAAGCGCCUACUCCCAGGAGGUGGUGCCACUGAAAUCCAUCUUGCCUCAAAGAUCUAAACUUAUGCUAAGACUCAACCAGGUCUUGAUCAAUACGCCGUUGAGAAGUUUGGUUAAGCCUUCGAAGUUAUCCCAAGAACUCUCGCUGAUAAUGCUGGCCUUAAGGCUGAAGAAAUUAUUGCUAAGUUAUAUGCUGAAACUGUUAAGGGAUCUCUUUUCGGUCUUGAUGUCGCAGAUGGACAAGUAAAAGAUAUGAAGGAGUGUGCUAUCUUUGAUUCCAUGGAAGUAAAGACAUGGGCUAUCAAAUUAGCAAUUGAUGCAGUACUAACAAUUUUAAGAGUCGAUCAAAUUAUUAUGGCUAAGCCAGCUGGUGGUCCCAAGCCAAGAGAUCAAAAUGCCCCAGAUCUCGAUGAUUGA